AUGGCUGAGUCAAAAGAUGAAGUAUUGCACUUGGGAAACAGUGGUCGGGGUCAAGAUAAAAAGAAAAAGGAGGAUCUACCCAGCCUCGACACAUUUUUGGCAAAAAAUACUAGUGAGGAUAAUGCUUCCUUUGAACAGAUCAUGGUGGUGGCAGAGGAGAAGGAGAAGCUGAGGCACACUUGGCUGUAUGAAGCUGAGGAGGAAUACCAACAGAGAAAUACAGAAAGCCUGGCAUUGCCAUCUUCUGAAGUGUUGGCUAUUGAAUCAGGGAAGGCUGGAGUUGAGACCUGGAAGUAUAAAGCCAAGAACUUUCUGAUGUACUAUCCAGAAGGUGUGCCGGACAAUGACAAUGCACAUAAAAAUGCUCGAGAAGUCGUGCAUAAGAACAGCCGCUUCCAAGGUGAUCCAUUCAGCAAAGCAUUGAGCAAAUCACAACUGCAGCAGGCAGCUGCCCUAAAUGCUCAGUUCAAGCAGGGCAAGGUUGGCCCAGAUGGCAAGGAACUUAUACCUCAAGAGUCUCCCAAGGUGAAUGGUUAUGGAUUUGCAGUAACACCUUCUCCUGCACCUGGUGUAAGUGAAUCUCCAUUAAUGACUUGGGGUGAACUAGAAAGCACUCCUUUUCGUUUGGAUGGCUCUGAGACACCCUAUGUAGAGCGGACACCAGGACCAACCUUUAAGAUUCCUGAACCAGGCCGUAGAGAGAGGUUAGGUCUAAAAAUGGCAAAUGAAGUUGCAGCUAAAAAUAGAGCGAAGAAGCAGGAAGCAUUACGGAAAGUCACUGAGAACCUGGCAAGCCUUACCCCAAAAGGAUUGAGUCCAGCUUUGUCACCAGCAUUGCAGAGGCUAGUAAACAGGACCACUAGUAAGUUCACAGACAAAGCCCUGCGAGCCAGCUAUACUCCAUCACCAGUGUAUCCUGUAACGCCUGGUUACAAAGCACUAGCACAGCCAAGGACACCAACUGGUACCCCAGACUCUAGAACUGUCAGUAGCACCCCAGUAGCACAGGACUCUGCCUCCAUUACUGACAACCUUUUACAAUUACCCAAGAGAAAGAAAGCAUCAGAUUUUUUCUGAUUUGUUUUAAUAUAGGGUUAAAAGUCGAAUUUUUCCUCUGCGGCUCGUGAUCUGCAGAUUUUGUGAGAGUACCAUUUUGGGUCUGUUCUCUUGGGCAAGUUUGGGAACUGUACCUGGCUUAAAGGGAGUGCAUUUCUAAGUUAGUAUGCGGAACUGCAUUUAACUAAUGAAUUUCAGAUCACCACCUCUCCAGGAAAGUUUGUACUCUGAAGAACCAUGCAGUGAAAAAUGUUACACAAGCUGUAACUCGUUCAUUUUUUGCAAUAGUGCUAAAACUUGAAAUAGAGAUUUUAUGUCUGACUGUUA